UUCCUUCCCGAUGAAAGGACUUUUGAUACUUUACUUAAAAUGAAAAUACGCUUAUUAUGAAACAUUGAAUCAUAUGGUCUUCUAACCUAUAAACCCCAAAAGUCUGUAAAAUUUUGGGCGUCAGAUGUCCCUUCAAAAAAGUCACAUUUUCAAACUAGCAAAACAAAAAAGCAAAUGGUGACAACACGACCCAAUACAAAUAGAAAUGCACCUUUAUUGAUGGUUAGAUGCAGUUAGUUAAUAAAUUCACAUAUUUUGCAGCAGUAUUAUCAAAUUAGAAUUUCAUGUAUCUUUUAUUAUGAAAGGCUUAAUGGGAUAUUUUCCGUACACCAGUCAGUAUAUAAAAACUUCUUCCCUACUCUCCCCCCGAUCCUCAAAGAGAAGGAGCAAUUCCAAAAUCAAGACAAAAAACAAACAAUAUUUAGAGACAAUCGACUGUGCAGUCCCCACUUUCCGAUCAUCGAUAGCCAGUGCAGGAAAUGCCAAAAUAAAAUCCUUAGGGACCUUCUGCCGUAUUUGUUUUGCAAAAUAAAAUCAUAUAGCCACUCAACCAGCAUCUUAAGCUUUAUUUUGAAAGGCCUAACCGGAAAAUCUUUGAAACACAAAUAUGUCUCUGCAAAACCAAAACAUGGAGUAACGUUUGUUUGACCCUGCGGUCAUGGUAUUGUUUUUCAUUCAUUUACUUAUUCGUAUUUUUAAUUGAAUAGUAGUGCUUCAUCUGGGAUGUGCGCUCCAGCCUGCGAUGAUCUGCACAUCUCUAAACAGCAAUAACCUUACUUCCGGGAUUCUACGGUCGUUUUCAAACCACUUGUUUGGUGAGACCGUUGUGUUUUUAGCCACGUUUCGUUGUCCACGACCAUAAAAUGAGCGCGAGCCACUUAAGGAUGGUCGUCCAAGUUUUGAGAGAUGUGGUUCCUGGCAUUUCGAGUGGGAUGUUCCUCAUCACCCUCACAUCGUGUGCUGUGUUCGCGCUCCAAACCUACUUGGACUCCUCUGAGGGGGGACUCAGUGUUGGGGCGAGUGUUUUUCUCAAAGGGCAUGUGCAUACCCUCUUGACGUACCCAUUCUAUCACAGAAGCUUCACUCAACUGCUCCUCAGCAUCUGCACCAUGGUGUUCCUCAGUGGUAGCCUGGAGAAAGGCUUUGGCACUGUCCGCUUCCUGUUUGUGUGCAUUCUGAUGUCAACAAUGACAGGCUUGUUGUAUGCCUUUGUGGAUCUCCUGCAGAAGAGCAACGGCAAUGGACCCACGGAGGGGCUGGUGCCUAUGGCCCUCGCUUGCGUGGUCCUCACCACGACGCACACAAAAAUGACCAAAGCCUUCCUCUGUGGGGUCAGUUUUCCCACCAUGGUUCUCCCGUGGAUUUUUGUCCUCAUCACCAGCGUCCUCAUUCCUCACACAGUGCUCCCCUGCAAUAUCAUCUCCACAUUAAUCGGAUGGAUGCACGGAAGAGGAUGGUUCUCCUUUCUGGACAUCUCGGAGGCCAAGGCAGGCGUUGUGGAGAAGACGGCACCUUUCCGCUUGCUGAGAAGCAUCAGGAUGGUGGCGUUUGUGCCAGCUUCCACAGAGGACAGGAGGAAAUCACUCCUUCCACAAAUCAACCCAACACCUGGAUCUUACCCAGUGCAGGCCUAUGCGCCUGUGUCAAGCGCCAACUUGGCUGGUAGUGGCUCAACCAAGAUGUAUGAAGGUUGGUCCAAGCCAGUGCUUCUCAAAUAUGAGGCGCGCCGCGCGUCACUGGUCCAAGCCAACCGGUCUGGACCUAAUCCUCAUGCCUCUGCAGCAGGCCUCGGUGGGACAAGUCAUGAACACGGCUGCGCGCACAGCCACCACGGUCACAGCCAUCUCUAGUUGUCUUUUGUUUUACACCGUGAGCACAUAUAAAUGGAGGGCUGCUCAAG